UAUUCUAUGUAUCUCUCUCUAGAAGUGGUCCUUGCCCUCUAUAUAAUUACACCAUUUUCUUCUUAAUUCUCUCUUUCUUUCGACAAGCACAAACAAUUUUACUUCUUUUCUAACCCACAAGAGAUAACAAAAAAAGAGAGAGUACUCUACUGGAUAUAUAUACAAUCUCUAUAUAAAAAAUUCAAAAAAUGUCUAGCAGAAGGUCGAGACAAGCAAGCUCAUCGUCAAGGAUUAGCGAUGAUCAGAUCACUGAUCUUAUCUCUAAGCUCCGACAGUCCAUUCCAGAGAUUCGUCAGAACCGUCGUUCCAGCACGGUAUCAGCAUCGAAAGUGUUACAAGAGACUUGCAACUACAUAAGAAACUUGCACAAAGAAGCCGAUGACCUUAGUGAUCGGUUGUCUCAGCUUCUGGAGACCAUUGAUCCUAAUAGCCCACAAGCAGCCAUUAUUAGGAGCUUGAUUAAUGAAUAACUAAGAUAUAUGUUGGCUAGUUGUGCUUUAUAUAUCAUUUACAAUCUCCUGCGAGAGGUUGAUCCAUCAGGGUUUCUACUUAAUUAUCAUUCAUGUUUCUUAUAUAUUGAUUACAAGUUGAGCUAGAUAGGGUUCAUAUUCGAUAAUCUUUUGCUAUGCAACUAAUAAGCUUUAAUUACAAUAAAUUAUAUUUCAGCUUAUUAAGUUGAGAUCCUUUUAUAUUA